GGUGGAAGAGACUGAAAUGUCCUUCAUAUAAACCGGUGACAAAGUGGCGAGCAGCGGCCCCCGGGCAGCAGAGAUCACAGGCGGCACAGACAGAGGAGGAGACCGGAGCACCGAGCACCGCGUAAAGGCGCUGGAUCCACGGCAACACACCGGGGAGACAGAGAGAAAACACCGAUCUGCUGGAAAACAAAACAACACAAGAAACUAAUCCGGACGGAGCAUCCUUUACCCCACCGACAGAUUUGUUUGUGGCUGUAGAGAUGGGUGUCACCUCUCGCCCUCUGGUUUUUGUUUGCGUAUAUUUGGUGGCUGCACUGAUUGGUGGAAUCCACACGGAGGGGGUGUGUCUUCAAGACGGCAAACACAAAGCCACGCCCACCCCAGAGCCGCACCUGAGGGAGUGUGCGCUGUAUGCUGACAAUAGCUGCUGCACAGAAGAAGACAUCCAGGAUAUCUCCCACGUUCCCUCUGUUAUCAAUAAGAAUGAACCCUGGGACAAGUGUGGGCCUCUGAGCUCAGAGUGUGAAGGCUUCCUGAAGCGUGUGUCUUGUUUUUACCGCUGCUCCCCUGAUGCCGCACGCUGGCCUCAUCCCCAUCGCCGCUCGUACAUCCAGGCUGUGCCGCUCUGCCACAGCUUCUGCCGUGAUUGGUUUGAUGCCUGCAGAAUGGACAUGACGUGUGCUCGUAACUGGGCCAGAGACCCCAGGGGACAGAACUGCACUGGAACCUGUGUGCAGUAUCAGCAGAUGUACCAGCACGGCAGGGAUCUCUGCGAGAGCCUGUGGGGUGACGCCUUCAUGACGGUGGAGGAUGAGUCUGAGGAGAUGGGAGAGGCUGGAGAAGCUGGAGCGGAAGGUAAUGGCGCUCGCCCCUGCGGCUGCCUGACCCUCAGUCCCUCGGACAAAGACGUGAUCGCCGCCCUCAGGGCCCAGCAGGAUGAUCCGGAGGAGCUGGACACCACCAAGGCAGGCCUGCCUCAGUACCGGGCCCCUUGCCAGACCAAGCUGCCCCUGCAGGCCAGGAGCGGCCGGAAGGGCAACUCUGUGCUGCGUAAACGCUCGGUCAUAGUGGACGAAGUGGAGGAGAGCGGGAGCGGCUUGUAGAGAGGAGAGAUAGAUGCAGUUAGAGAUAUUUGUUUAGAUCCUAAUAUACAAAGUCUAUCUCUUGAAGUGGAGUUGCAACCUUGCUCCUGUAACUAAUCUUACCACACAAACCUAAGCUCUCAUUAUCAUUAUCUCCACAUUCUACAUUUAACCUGUAAGGUUUUGAACAAUGCUAAAUCUGGUAUAUGAUAGACUGACAAGCUUGUGACAGCUCCAAUAAACGCCUGAUCAGUUAUUUGAAAAACCUAAGUAGCCUGGAUUAAAAAAAUAAUAAUUACCAUUAGAGAUAUCAGGACUGAAUGAUGCAGUCAGGUAUUUAAAUUCUGCAAGGGCUCUGACUUCAAUCAUAAAUAUAUUGAUAACAUCCCACAAAAAAAGAAAUAUUUUAGAAAUAUUUUAUUGCCAGCUAACAAGGGGAUUUUUUUUUAAUGAGAUCUUUUCCAAAUCAGGUAUUUUAUUGGCUUUGUGUGGCUGAACACAUCACUGACAUCGUGUUAGUCCUGAGAGUCCUGCACACAGGAAAUGUCCUACCAUAAUAGCGCUUGUGCAUGAAUUAAACAUGUCACCAUUAACCAGAGGACUUUUCACAACAGUAUUGUAAACGUGACGUAGCUGCACCAGUGCUUCACUACCCUGUCACUCUUUUCAGUCGUCUAGAUGACUUAAGUCUGUGCAUUAAUCAGUCGUUAAACGCAGAUCUUACCGUUGUGAUGCCGUAUCGUCCAGUCUGCACAUCGUGAGGUAUGUGAUAGUAGAGAAGGUCUCGCUGUGUAAUGAUAGUAAUGAAUGUAUCUUAGGCUUUCUAACAGAGACUACUGGCCUGAACGCAGUGGAUCUGGUAUGAUGAUGACCAUGGAGAGGUCUGCCUCAUACCUGAGGGAGAGAUUAAUGUUCAGAAACAAAAUGUGUCCACCAGAGUAAAUCUGCAAAGAGAGGAUUCAUACCAGGAUCCAGCUGUGGUUGUUCUGGUAGUUUGAUCACGUAUUUAUCAUCAGUGUCCUGUGGAAGCUUCUUUUAUAAUGAUGUAACGUAUUUCUAGGGUAAGGCGCUGCUAGAUGUAAAUGUUUUGUAAAAAGGAAACUGAUUUGUCCGUUUUAUGGUAAGCUCGCUGAAAUGGAGGUUUCUGUGCUUUCUGUUCUCAAUAAAAUCAACAUUUCUAAAUG